CUUGUUUUUGCAACAAAUGAAAGCAUUUUUUAUUUUCCUUCAAGCUUCAACCCCAACACCAGGCAAUUCCAAACCCUAUCAAAUUCCUUUGCGAUACCCAUGUUUUGUUCUAAUGCAAAAGCAAGAAUAAAGUCAGAACUCACAACUCAAGAAUUCAUAAGCUCAACUUUAUAUGAUAAAGAAACAAGGAAAGAUUGAAUGAUCCAAUGGAGUCCAUGUUGGGGAAAAGAAGUCUUAGUAGUAGUAAAUCCUUGUUCUAGACGUUCCCCUCAGUUACAACAUUGAGGUCCUUUGACCUCAUGGUGGAAUCAAGAAAUUUAGAUCUGUUGCUUAUUCCAGUGUGAGUUUUCUUUUUUGAAUUUCAUCUUCUUAAAAAAAUUCCUGAAAUUUAGUAAAAAUUUGUUUCAGCCAUCGCAUCAUCCGCCCGUGAAACCAGUCUGUUUAAACUUCUAGUUUCUAAAGCAUGCCAUUGGGCAUUGACCUGCUAAUGUGAAACAAUUAUAACAGGAGUUUGAUCCUUAUGCCGAGAAAUGAAGCUAAUUUAGCAACUGAUGGCUAACUCAGCCCAAUUCACUCAAACCAUUUUCACCAUUAUCAUAAAGGGUCAUUGGAAUAAUCUUUUGAAACCCAAAAUUUGCCUCCAAAUAACCUCGACCACCGUUAACCAACUCCUUCUCCAGCUCUCUCUUAGUGGUUGCAGUCCUUCACUUUCUUGGUCUUUCUUUAAAUGGGUAAAAAAUUCUGUUCCAAAUUACAACCACUCUCUGCAAUCCACAUGGACAAUGGUUCACAUUCUUACGAAACACAAACAUUUCAAGACAGCACACGAGUUGCUCGACAAAAUCUCAAACAAAGAUUUCUUGUCAUCAAAUUCUGUUUUGAAUGCUUUGGUGAGUGCCCAUUCAGACGUUGAAGUGAAUUCUCAUGUUUUAAGUUGGUUGGUGAUAUCUUAUGGGAAAUUGAGAAUGACCCAAGAUGCCUUACAGGUUUUUGAGGUAAUGAGAGUUCAUGGUUUAAAGCCUCAUUUACAUGCUUGCACUGUGCUUUUAAAUUGUUUAGUUAAAGAAAAAUUGAUUCAUAAUGUCUGGAAAGUUUAUAAGAAAAUGGUUAGACUUGGGGUUUUUGGGAAUUUACAUGUUUAUAAUGUGUUGGUUCAUGCUUGUUGCAAGGGUGGUGAUGUUGAGAAGGCAGAAAAAUUGUUAAGUGAGAUGGAAUUGAAGAAUGUUUUUCCGGAUCGUUUCACAUACAAUACGAUCAUUGCAUUGUAUUGUAAGAAGGGUAUGCAUUAUGAAGCUUUGGGUGUGCAAGAUAGGAUGAAAAGAGCAGGGAUUAGUCUGGAUAUUGUAACUUAUAAUUCACUUAUUUAUGGGUUUUGUAGAGAAGGUAGAAUGCGAGAGGCCCUAAGGCUUUUCAAGGAAAUUAAAGGUGUUACUCCUAACCAUGUGACUUAUACUACUUUGAUUGAUGGUUAUUGUAGAGUGAAUGAUCUGGGAGAGGCUUUAAAAUUGCGUGACAUGAUGGAAGCUAAGGGGAUUUAUCUUGGAGUUGUUACUUAUAAUUCAAUUAUUCGUAAGUUGUGUGAAGAAGGUAAAAUAAGGGAAGCUAAUCGGGUUUUGAACGAGAUGAGUGAAAAGAAAGUUGAACCUGAUAAUGUCACUUGUAACACAUUGAUCAAUGCUUAUUGCAAGAUAGGAGAUAUGGUGUCUGCUAUGAAGGUGAAGAACAAGAUGGUGGAGGCUGGAUUGAAGUUGGAUCAAUUAACAUUCAAGGCUUUGAUCCAUGGGUUUUGCAAGGUGCGUGAAAUGGAUAGUGCUAAAGACUACUUGUUCAACAUGGUUGAUGCAGGGUUUCCUCCAAGUUAUUGCACCUACUCCUGGCUUGUUGAUGGGUACUGCAACCAAGGAAAUGAAGAAGUACUUAUGAAACUCCCAGAUGAAUUUUUGAAAAGAGGCCUUUGUGUUGAUGUUUCAAUGUAUAGGGCACUCAUAAGGAGGUUUUGUAAGCGAGAAAGGGCUGAUUGUGCACAAACAAUAUUCACUCUUAUGCAAGGAAAAGGUAUAUCUGGAGACAGUGUAAUAUACACUAGCCUAGCAUAUGCUUACUGGAAAAUGGGGAAGGUGAAUGCAGCUUCAGAUGUGUUAAAUGAAAUGUAUAAGAGAAGGUUGAUGAUAACUCUCAAAAUCUAUCGAUCUUUCAGUGCGUCAUAUGCUGAUGAUAAUAGCAUUUUAGGUUUCUUUUGGAACCAUGUGGUUGAGAGGGGAUUAAUGUCUAAGAGUAUUUUGAAGGAUAUCGAGCAGGGGAAGUUACAUUCAUGAAUUCGCCUUUCAGCUACCUGUUCAUUUUCAUAUUUGAAUUUGUAAUACUAUAGAGCGUCUUGUUCACAAUGAGACACAUCUCUAUUAGCCUUUCAUGUGGCACUACUGAUGUUAAGAUAUAAACUAGUUUUAGACAGUAUAAAUUUCUUUAAAACUUAGAAAUUUAAAGCACUGAACUUCAGUUUCUACAGCAUGAAAGUAAUUUUGUUUUGACUGACAAAACGACCAAAGACCAAGCUAGUGAGGCCAAGAUCAAAGUUCAGGAGAUGCAGUAAAUGGUAGACAGGAGUGUCAAUUCUACUCAAUCUGCCUGGGACUGAAUACAACUACGGAAGAGGUUUCUGUCAACCAUUUGUGGUCUGACCAUUUAAAUAUCCUCUUUCUAAACAAUACCAUGAAUGGUUUCAUUAUGGUUGGAUUGUUGAGAAUAUGCUGGUUAAUCAAAUUUGGAUUUCGAUGGCAGAGCCAAGUUCAGCUGUCUGUUGAGGUUUAAAACAAAAGGCUGGUUAAGAAGAUUGGGGAACAAGGGCGUUAACUUCAUGCAGGGAUGACUACUAGAGCAUGAGUUUGUGAACAAUUUCAGUUUUUCUGAUGUUUUAUGUUAUUGGAUUUUCAUUCUGGUUUGUUUUGUAUCUUUGGAGGAUGCCAGCUUUGAGCUGAGUUUUGUACAAUGGUUAAAAUAAUUCAAUUUAUUUGAAUUAUGUAAAAAUUUAUCUUUGCAAUAUUAUUACACAUGCAUCAUUGUUGAAAUUCUGCAUGAUGAC